AUUUAUUUUUGUCUCCGGUAAGCCCUAUCGUCGGAAAGCUCUCUUCCCCCUACCAAGACGCAUCACAUCGAACCAAGUUGGAUCUUUCUUUUUUUUAAGAUACUCGCAUAAAAGAUGGAACCUAAUUUYCGUGAACAAGAAAAUGACGCCAUCGCGUCAUGGUGUAACACUCCCGAUGAUUGGAAAAAUACAACAGGAAUUCGUUCCACUUUUACCAUGUUUGACAGUGGUAGCAAAUGCACCGCUACCACCGCUGACGACUCGUCAACGAACGGUUAUUGGUCAUCCUCGUCGUUUUCGUCGAUUAUCUCCGGGAGUACUAAGGGACAAACAAGCGUUCGGGAGAUAGACAGCAUUCUUAUGGCCAGCAGUACAAGCUCAAGACAAAAUUGCGAAUCGUCGACAUCGAAAUUGGCGCACGACAAAAGCAACGCAUCCCGUCAAGAGAAGCAGAAGAUAGAAAUACAGGUUUUCCACUCAAAUAGGAUAGUACCAAAGACACUCAGAGAUCAUUGUGCCAAGAGCGAAGGAAGCUACUGGAGCGAACCAACGAGUGGGCGGCGGCGUAGAACUGCUACUUCAAGAUUCGGUUGUUUUGCGUCUUCGUCUUCGAUGGCAAACGAGAAAGCGGCGUCGACUGGUGUUUUUUCUCCCAGAUAUACCGGGUCAUUGAGUGACGAAGACAAGGGCUCUACUACCAAGAUGAUAAAAAUAGCCCAUCACAAGUACAACCAGAGGGUCACGAAAGUCUAUUUCCACGAGCAGCUUUACGACCAYAAAGGGGCGGAAACCUCCUGCACUGAACCAAAGAACAAACGCCGACGCCUGCUACCAGGUGCGAAUCAAGAUGACAUCACUAAAAUCCCAAGAAAAAAUAAUGUUGUAAAGAAAUUGGCAAUCCCUAGCAGUAAUAACAACAGUUCAAACGCUAAGAACGGGACACCAAAGAUUAAGGAAAAGCGAGGAAGAUCCAGCAUGUGGUGUUGGAAUGAUACACAUUGCGGCAUAGAAUCUAUUAGUGUUGACGAAAAUUCAAAACUGAAUACGAAACUCACGGAUCAAAUCUAUGAAACAUUCAAAGAUGACUAUAAUCGAGAUCUCACCAAUAACAGAAUGCAUUUGACUGAGCCACCCGAACGACAAAGGUGCUGCAGUGAACAACUCGUUGCUAUAGCUACGAAAAUGACAAAAAUGCCCAAAAUCAGAAKCAAAACCGCUCACAAAUCUAACAUUCAUACCCGAAAUACAAUAAAAAUUGACAGCGUUUCAUACAUUGAUACGAAUAAAAGGAUGGACCUGCAUCACGGCGAGGCAAAAGUAAGAAAAGAUCCUACCGGAUUAUCCGAACUUUCUGGAAGAGAAAUGAAAACCUCGAAUAAUUUCACUACAGUGGGUUGCACUCCCAUUACAAGAGACGUGGGUUACAACACGAAAAUCUUUUACAAAGCAACAGAGGGAUUUAAACAACCAAUUUACCCUUAUGCGCUAGAUUUGAUUUCGACGGUUUGUAACCAUUCCUAUGUUGCCAUCGAUUCCGAUCAAUGUGAACUAAAACGAGGCACGAAGACCUGCCAUCAAGAUCAUUAUCAGCAAGUUCAUCGAAUACUAGACAAGCCUCUAUCUGGUUAUACAGCGGAGACAGAACCAGAGAAAGAAAGAUUGAUGAGACUACACGUAAGCGACGUUGCACUCGUCAUCAGUGUUUCAUUUGAAUGCUCGAAUUAGAUGAUUUCGUUCGAUGUAAGCAAUAAUUUCUACUUUCCUUACUCACUUUUCGUAUUUACUUGGCUUCCGUACUUUCCCCCUGAAUUUACCUUGCUAUCAAACCCAAAAGCUCCAGCAACGAYUUGCCGCCGCGACUUCUACUGGAAUGUCGCCUAUUGAGUUUUCUAGGAAACUUUUGCAUUUCUGGGGAGGAACACUUGGACGUUACGAAACGACGGUUGUCGCCGAUAGCGGGAACGAUUUUUCCUAAACUCAUAGCUCUAGGGUUGAAGAUGCGAACAUAAGAUCGAGAAUAUUGGUACAGAGGACGCAAAUACAAUUCGCCGUGUAUG